UGGGAAGCCAGUAAGCGGGUACGGUGGCCUGCAGUGGUCGUAGUUUGGAGCUGGGAGAGGGGGACUGCGGGCACAGGAGUGAGUUAUUUUUCCUAAAUUGGGUGAAGAUUCGUGGUAUGGAGAAUGGAAUUAAAGAAAGCCAAGUGGGUCUAAAUAAAAAUGGCGCACACUCCAUUAUACCUACAGCAGUGGUGUCAGAGGGUCCUAAAAAUGACAGAAGUGUUCUCAACUCAUUGAUGUCUGGUGCUCUGGCUGGAGCAGUGGCUAAAACGGUUGUUGCCCCACUGGAUAGGACAAAAAUUAUAUUCCAAGUGUCUUCGAACAGAUUUUCUGCUAAGGAAGCCUAUAAGCUGAUCUACCACACAUACCGAAAUGAGGGCCUACUCAGUCUAUGGAGAGGUAACUCAGCCACCAUGGUGCGGGUUAUCCCGUAUGCUGCCAUACAGUUCUGUGCUCACGAGCAGUACAAGAAACUACUUGGAAGCUAUUACGGCUUCCAGGGAAAUGCUUUGACGCCCAUUCCUCGCCUCCUUGCGGGAUCUCUCGCUGGUACGACUGCUACUGUAGUGACUUAUCCUCUAGACCUUGUGCGUGCAAGGAUGGCUGUUACACCGAAGGAAAUGUACAGUAACAUCAUUCACGUCUUUAUACGCAUGUCGCGAGAAGAGGGCUUGAGAACACUGUACAGAGGAUUUAACCCAACAAUACUCGGAGUUAUUCCAUAUGCAGGAAUUAGUUUCUUCACAUAUGAAACCCUAAAGAAACUUCACGCAGAGCACAGUGGUAGGGCACAACCAUAUCCUUUUGAACGUCUGUUUUUCGGGGCCUGUGCUGGCCUCCUAGGCCAAUCGGCAUCUUACCCCCUGGAUGUUGUGAGAAGACGGAUGCAGACAGCUGGUGUCACAGGGCACACAUAUGGUACCAUUCUUAGCACCAUGAAAGAGAUAGUGGCAGAGGAAGGUGUUAUCCGUGGCCUCUACAAGGGGCUUAGUAUGAACUGGGUAAAGGGUCCAGUGGCCGUAGGCAUCAGCUUCACCACCUUUGACCUAACACAAAUUCUCCUAAAGAAGCUGCAACGACUGUCUGUCCAGAGGUAGGAAGUCUGUGGGCAAGUGGAUAAGCAUUUUACUCCUUUUGGUUGUAGAUUAGGCAGAUACAGAGUUGAUGCAUUAUAAACCUUAUCUAAGCAGUCCAAAGGAGAACAGCUGCCCCCUUACUUUUAUUCUGGAAAGAAAUGAAUUGCGCUUUUAAGAGUUUGCCUUUGAAAAUGUUGGCGUUUACAAAGUUCUGUUGAGAUAUUAUACGGGAACAAUGUGUUAAAUGAGGGACCCGAUGGUAUUGAAAAUAACUAAUUUGUUACAGCACAAAGGAGCACAAAAGGACUGGAGAAAUGGCUUCACCAUCCCUUAACGAUCAAAGCUGCCUAAUUCAAUAAAACCCAGCAAUGCAGACAAAUAUUGCAAUUACCUUUUUAAUUCUGACACCCUCUCAAAAUCUACCCCACCGCACUGUUACUGUGGAUGGUGUUUUGAAUUAUCUUAUGAUCCAUUUGAAUAGUAGCUUGCAAGAAACAUGUUUAUAUUCAGUUGAUAUCUGCAGCACCCAGAAAGAAAUGUUGCAAUUUCGCAUUACCAUCCUGGGAUAUAUGCCUGGAACAGCACAAGCCAAAUUCACAGUUGGUUUUGUUUGUUUUGUUUUUGUUUAACAAGUUUUUCACGUCAACAAGUAAGCGUUUUCCAAUUCCUUGCGCUUUGUUUUUGUGAAAAGAUUGCAGUAUACCUUACAAAACAUGCAUUCAUUCUUUCAGCGGCAGAGUGACCUGUAGUGCCUUUUUGCAAGCACAAAUGUAGUCCUAUAAAUAUGUGUAUAUAAAAGUAUAUAUUUGGUAUUCAAAAAACAUGCCAUAGCCUUAUGCAUACAUUUAGCACAUGCAGUGGAUUGAUCCAUGAACAGCAUUGUCUAUGUGCAGGCCUUCUGAAACCUCUUCUCUGUAUAUAGACCAGAUUAGUGUAAAACUCUUGCUGCACCAGAUGUGACCUGGGUUUGGAAUUGGCAGUUAAAACACUCUAGAUUUUUAGAUGGCCAACUCCUGCAACGAUGUCUAGUUCCUCAUUUUGGAGAUAUUAGAAUUUAGCAAAUUAGCAAAUUAUUUGACACAGAGACACUGGCAUUUGUGUGGCCUUAUGGUACUGUUGGAUAGAAAAUGUAUUGUUUAAAUUAUCCCAAGUGGUGUAAAUGAUGAUAAAGCAGUGUUCUAAAAAGGAUUAAGACUACAGCAGUAGUGUCCAAUGGGAGCAACCUUGUGUAUUCCACAGGAGGAGGUGAACAACAUAAAAGUAAUAAAGUAGAACCAUUUUCAACCUAAACAUUUCUUUUUUCUUUACAAGUAACAUUUUUAAUAUGUAAGCAAUAAAACAAUCCCACAUUAGCUGAGUGUACGCACUAUUCUGAUUUUAAUGUUUAAAAAAUAAGGAAAAAACACAAACCUAAGCUGUUUGUAGUCAGGUUUUCACUAAACCUGAAAAUCUGGAGAAUGAAGAAUAGAGAUGUAGAUUUUAGACGAAAAUAUCCAAAUUGGAACAAUUCUUUAGAUCAUCUUCAUCGUCAUGUUAUCCCCUCUGCCAUUUGGACUAAAAAGUGGUUCUUUGUCAAUUCUCAGAAUUUCUAGUUUAUUGGCUACAACACUAAAUGUAAACGGCUUAAGGAUGCAUUGUUUUAUUUUUACUAUUGUCCAGCAUCCUGGACUUCUAAUAAUAGCAAAUGUAACAAUUUUACACAUGCAGCUUCAUGCUGGCUUUGUUUUUUGGGGGGAGGGAGCGAGGAGGAUAUUCACUGAACCUGUUUUUUGUGUUUUAUUCAUACUAUACUUGCAGAAAAGAAAUUUUAAUCUGCUGAAUUAGAGAUUUUUAAUCCACUUUCCACUUUGAACUCCAUCUUGUCAGC